UGAGUCCGUCUUCAGCAUUCCUAAGGGGCACUCCGCACACCUCGCUGCUUCUACAACUUCUAGUUUUAGCCGUCAAAAUUAAUACAAGUAAAGAGGACCUCAACAGCGACAUGGCAGCCGCCGGUGCCCCACGAACACCUCGGAAGGAUGAAGUCAACUGUAACUUAUAUUUCCGAAUGAUAAACGAGCAACAAGUGGACGAAAUCUGCCUUGAUUUCUUCUAUAAGCCACACACUAUCACUCUCCUGACAGUCACUGUACUCAGCCUCAUGUACUUUGCGUUUACAAGGGAUGAUGAGCACUUUGACAACAACCUCCGAGUUGGUCUAUUUGUGGUUGUCUCCUUCUUCCUGGUUAUCAGUGUCCUGGCCUUUCCUAAUGGACCUUUUACCAGGCCACACCCUGCGAUAUGGCGAAUAGUGUUUGGCCUCAGUGUGCUGUACUUCCUGUUUCUUGUCUUCCUCAUCUUCCUUAACUGGGACCAAAUAAAGAUACUGAUGUACUGGCUGGACCCAAAUCUGCGCUAUGCCAAACGGGAAGCCGAUAUCAUGGAAUACGCCGUGAACUGCACAGUGAUAACACAGGAGCGGAUCCUGAGCCACUUCGACAUCUUUGCAUUCGGCCACUUUGCAGGCUGGGCCAUGAAGGCUCUGCUAAUCCGCAGCUACGGCCUCUGUUGGACCAUCAGCAUUACCUGGGAGCUCACUGAGCUGUUCUUCAUGCACCUGCUGCCAAACUUUGCAGAGUGCUGGUGGGAUCAGGUGAUACUGGACAUACUGUUGUGUAAUGGAGGAGGCAUCUGGCUAGGUAUGACCGCCUGCCAGUUUCUGGAGAUGAGGACGUACCGCUGGGCUAGCAUCAAGGAAAUCCACACCACCACAGGGAAGAUAAAACGAGCCGUGCUCCAGUUUACCCCAGCCAGCUGGACUUAUGUGCGCUGGUUUGACCCAAAGUCCUCCUUCCAGAGGCUAGCAGGCAUCUAUCUGUUUAUGAUCCUAUGGCAGCUGACAGAGUUAAACACAUUCUUCCUCAAGCACAUAUUCGUCUUCCAGGUGUCUCACCCUCUCAGCUGGUGUCGCAUUCUCGUCGUUGGAGCCAUCACUGCGCCCACCGUACGACAAUAUUAUGCAUACCUGACAGACACUCGGUGUAAACGAGUUGGUACACAGUGCUGGGUGUUUGGGGCUAUCGCUUUCCUUGAGGCUCUUGUUUGUAUGAAAUUCGGUCACGACUUGUUUUCAAAGACACAAAUUCGCUCUGUGCUCCUUUGGCUGCUGUGUCUGGCACUCAUCACACUUCUAUGUUUAUAUGGGAUGAUGUGGUAUGAGCAACAUAAAAUGAAGAAAAUUCCUCCACAAAAUGAGGACUGCGUUGACAGCCGUGUUGUCGACUCGCGUGGUUUUGUCCCAGAUGGCGUUGCAGCUCAUUCAUUGAAAAGUUUACAACCUUCAAGACGUAAGAGAGCUUCUGGGAAGAACAGAUUUAUGAAUGGCAAUGGAGGAAAGCAACAAUAAACUGCAGUAACACUGAGUAUUCACAUCUUCUGUAAAAGGUUGAAGGAUACAUUAAUAGAAAUAAUACAUUUUAUUUCUAUGGCACCACCAAUGCACUGAAAUGUACUGAAAAAUUGUUGUAAAUGUUGCAUCAAGGGUGUCCCAGUUGAAACACACCAAUGAGCUGAAUGCUCAAUAGACCUGCCAACUGUGGGUGUUGAUUUUCUAGUACUGUGACAGUAUAGUAGAAGAUCUUUAAUACUGUUUGACAAGGAUAAAAUUGGUCUUGUUUUUAAUGUCAGAUAUUUUAAACAGACCUAAAUAACAAAGUUACAUGCACUGGAUUUUGAAAAAGAAGAUGGCCUUACUUGGAUCAAAAACUCUUGAAUGCUAGCUUGAGCAUUGUCCUACACCCAACCUUGAAUUACUAAAUAUUGUUUGAACACUUUGCACUGUGGGACAUGUUUAGUAUGUCCCAUCAGGGGUGUCCCAGACUAAUCCAGAACACAUUGAUUAUGCAUAUGCUACACUUAGACUUGUUUGCACUUUACCUUUACUAUUUUACCUACCUGACUGUUGUGUUUUUGUUUUUUUUAAUAUUAGGGUGUACUAAAUGGAUUAACUUUGUUAAAAAGAUCACAUUUAUUGUUGUGUAUGGCAUUUUGUAAGUAAUUUGAAUUGGUAAUGAAUAUUUGUCAACUUUGUUGAUUUAAUAUUUUUGUGUUUAUACAAUUGCCAAAAGUGACCACAUUUUACACAUAUCUAUAAUAUAGUAAAUUACUGGUUUAGUCUAAGCUUUUCUUCAACCAAAAUGGCAUCAUCAGGAAAGAUGUUCUAGUCUACUUCAAAUGAGAGGAACAACCAAAUGUUACUGAACCAACUAUAGCCUUUAUAUUUUACCUUUUUUAUCAUGAAUUUGAUUAUUGAAACUGUUGAGAUAUUUGCAACAUUUAUGUUUGUAAUUAGAAGGAGAAGUGUGUGCUAGGUGGUGUGGGACAGAGAAUACUGUGACAUUGGAUAUAAUAGCACUGGUGGGGACAUUACAUUAGCAGGGGAUAAUCACUGGUGUGAAAUUAUCAUUUUCAAAGGCAGUCUUUUUGCUUUUUUUUUAAUGAUACAAAUGAAUGAAAUGUGACUGGUCCAUAUAAGCUAUUCUUAACAUUGUUAAAUGGUGCAUUAUAAUUCCUAUUUGGUGUUAGAAUGUGUUUUAAAACUUCCAAGUAAGUUAAUGUCUACUUAUUGAAUUUGUAUUGAUGUUGUUUGAAUUCAGUUUUUUUUAGCAUUA